AUGGGAACGAAAAUAUCAAAACAACAUCAUCAUCACCAUCAAACUAGACGGCAUAAUCGAAUAGCUCUUGCACGUGAUAAUAUUCUCCGUAUUGCCAGUCAAGAAAUUCAAAAUUUUAAUGAGAUUUUCUCUUCAACAACCGUUGAAAUACCUUUCGAAGAAGAAAAAUCAGAUAAUAAUUUAGCAACAAAAAAACAUCAUCAUGAUCCGAUUAUUCAAAAAGAAGCACUUGGUAUAAGAAAAAGUCGAUCAACUGGAAAUUUAUCUAGUACGACACCUGUUUUUACAGAUCAAAAGAAACGAACACAUAGAAAUAAAUCAUCAUCAUCUCAAAAUGCAAGCACGGUUCAUUCAGAAUUGACAACAAGUUUUAAUCAAUUAUCUUCUUCAAAACUGAAAAGAAAGAAAAUUCUACAUAAUUCUAAACUUGCUUUUAUUGAUUCAAAAGAUUUAAAAUAUGUUGGUGAAAUUGGUAAAGGUAAUUUUGGUACUGUGCACCAUGCCUUAUACAAAGGUACACAUGAUGUUGCAUUAAAAACAUUAAGUACUCAAGAUGAAAAUCCUAAUAAAUGUUCUAUCUAUGGUAAUGCUGACAAUAUGAACGUCAUACUUCAAGAAGCAACUAUCAUGACACGCUUGAGGCAUGCAAAUCUUUUACGUAUAAUUGGUUUAACAUUUUCUGAAGAAAGUCAACAAUUAAGUUUAGUAACAGAUUUUAUGAGAAAUGGUUCAUUAUUAGAUUAUCUUAAAAGACAUCGUGAUAUAUUUUUAAAAUCAAAUUCUUGUUCUAUAUCAAAAAAAUUAAAUUAUUUUGCAAGACAAAUAUAUGAAGCAAUGUUAUAUUUAGAAGAACGACAUAUUAUUCAUCGAGAUUUAGCAGCAAGAAAUUGUUUAAUUGACGACGAUGAUACACUUAAAGUUGCUGAUUUUGGUUUAACUAAAUUAACUGAAUGUGGUUCAUAUAAAGGUACACAUCGUACGAUAUGUGCACCACGUUGGACAGCACCUGAAGCGUUAUUUUCAUCGGAAUAUUCUUCCCGUUCAGAUGUUUGGAGUUAUGGUAUAACUCUUUGGGAAAUUUAUUCAUUAGGUGACCGACCAUUUCGGAAUAUGACUAAUUAUGCUUUAAAAACUGUUUUAAAAAAUCCAUUAGAAAAACUUAGUCAAUAUCUUCCAAAACCACGUCGUCUUGGUUCAGAUGAAAUAUAUACACAUAUUAUUCUUCCUUGUUUAACAAAUAGUGUUACAAUGCGACCACGUUUUCGUGAUUUAAAACAACGUAUUUUAGAUAUUCUUGUGAACGAAAUAUAA